AUGGCGUCGUACGAGAAUUGCUAGAGUUGAUCCUCUCACUGCCACCGGCCAGCGUCAGCUCAAAUACUUAUAAUAGAGAACCACAGUCUUCUCAACUGUAUCGCCAGGUCUCUCAAAAUUCUGAAUCUUCUUUCAUUCCAUCUCAUAUCUGUAUAAUUCUUCAUUCAUUAGCUUCAUUCCUAUUGCAUUUCCACUUUACACCAUCUCACAUAACAUCACAAUGAGUCCAGUGGAGAAAGACAUCCUUAUCGUCGGUGGCGGGCUUGGCGGAUUAUGCCUUGCCCAGGGACUCUCCAAAGCUGGCGUACCCUUCCGUGUUUUCGAACGCGACGCGAGCGCUAACUGGAGAGCUCAAGGAUACCGCCUACGUAUCAAUGGCGAAGGUGCGAAUGCCUUGAAGGAAACCCUCUCCCCAGAGUUAUGGGAGCGGUUCGAGAAGACAUGUUGUUCUGCCGAGUUAGGCGAAACAGAUAUUAAUGCCAUCGACGGCUCUAUUAUCGCUAGUCGUGCUGGUGGUAGCCCUGCUAUGAAGGGUUUGAAGCCAUACACUUGUGACCGUACGGUGUUGCGAAACAUCCUGCGUGAAGGCCUCGAGGACAAGAUCACAUACGGAAAGGAGCUAGUGCGCUAUGAAACCACGAAUGAGGGAGUCGUCGCCUACUUCACUGAUGGGACAACGGCAUCCGGCCGUUUCCUCGUCGGAGCGGAUGGUCGGGGCUCCGUGGCACGAAAACAGUACCUCCCGGAGCAUCUGCCGCUCGACACGGAGGGCACUUGUAUCUACGGCAAAACACCUAUCACACGGGAACUACUUGAACGAUUCCCUACGCGCGCCAUGCGAUGGAUGACCUUGAUCAUUGAUCGCACUCCCUUGACACAAACUCUCGAUAUCGAUGACACUGCUGUCACGCUUUUGCUGGAGCCCAUUCGGUUUACCAAGCGGAAUGAUGAGUUUGACCAGUAUGUGCCGGCAGACUAUAUGUACUGGGUGCUCGUAGCCCGUAAACAGAUAUUUGGCCUUCCAAGCGAGGUUCCAUUCUCCAAGUACUCGGGCGAGGAGGUCGCAGCGUUGUCGCUUCAAAUGGCCGACUGCUGGGACCCUAGCAUCCGCUCCAUUCUGCACUUACAAGACAAGACACAAUCCAGCUUGCUCCGUAUCCUCUCAGCAGACCCAGAUAUGAAGGCUUGGACGCCGUCUGACAAGAUCACCAUAAUUGGUGAUGCCUGCCACGCCAUGAGCCCCAGCGGCGGUGUUGGCGCUGUGACAGCGCUGGUGGACGGCGCUAAGCUCGCCAAGACAAUUGCAACAAAGGGCAUCUCAGCGAGGAGCAUCGGGGAGUUUGAAGCCGAGAUGCGUGAAUUCGCGGGAGCCAACAUCCGGAGGAGCUAUAUUGGCGGUCGCAAGAUGUUCGGGCAGAAGCCAUUUGAUCAGUGUGAACAGUAUGUUGGAUAGUCAGGGGAAAACACACAUUGCGACGACGGGGUUUUAGUUCGGAUAGAGGGCCCAGAGUAAAGAGAGCGUCUCUUCUUUUUUGUACAUAUAGAAUUUCUUUACGUAGCUAUCAAUCAUCUUACAAUAUCAAAGCACGCAUACAACUCAUAG